AUGCGCCUGACCCUGGCCGCCUUAGCGCCCAUCCUCGGCCGAGGGAAAAAACACUACGAAGCGCACGUACCAGUCGCGUGUACCGUGUACCUGCAAGACUUGGACCCCGAUGAAAUUGAUAUUUCCGCGAGCGCCAUUGAGUUGGAGCUGGAGAUCAUUCAAGUACUUGUACAAGCCCCAACUCCAGCUGCUACUGCAAGUACCCCGUACAUCCCCCCGGCGAGCCAUAAUAACGGGGCACACCACACACACCUUCUGACACCCGGCCCUCGCGCGCGUAUCAAAAGAUGCGUGGCUUAUUUGAGUGAUAUUCUGGAAACCGGACGAGCUGCUGCGCGAAUGAGAUUUGGUAUCUGCGCAGUGGCCAACGGCUUCGGCUCCAACGGAUAUCGCGCGUCGGCAGAGCCCAUCGUUCAAUCAGACAGCGAGCAUUUCAUGCCAGCCUGUUGUGCGUUCGUACUGGGUACCGACUCCGACUCGUACCUACACACCAAGCCAAGGCUUGACCGAUAUAUGCCGCCACUUCAUUUGUGUAUGUGGUUUGAAACCCUUUCAUUAACACCGCGAAGGGAAAUCAAAGGCAAGGACAAUGCGUGCUUCGUUGUACCGAUACCGUACUUCUCUUACCGAUACCGUCAGCUGGAGGCUCGGCUCGAUGGAUGCAUAGAUAACAUCACAUCACCCUGGAAGCGGCCCUACUAUCAAGCCGGGCCAGACAAACACGAACCAAGCCUGCUUUGCCUUACAUGUACAUGGACUCCCGUGCUCCCGAUUGAGUACGAGUUCAGGGUUCUGCCGAUUGCCCAAUCGUCAGCUGCACCAAGCAGCAAUGCUACCUGCUGUUCCGCGCUGCCGCUCCCCAGUCGGCAUAGCAAGACGCCGCCAGUCAUCCCAUCAGCGUCAUGCCCUCCCUCGUCCUGGCCGUGCAGAGCAGCAAAAAGCACAGACGCACACACCGCCAGCGGCGGCAACGGCACAGGCAGCGCGCAAAUCCAGGCAAGCCCAGUCCGGCCUAUGUAGGACCAGAGUGACAACGAAUUGUGCCCUUUCUGUUUGCGGCAGACGUGCGAGCUAAGGCACAAACUCCACACCUAAAUUCGCUACCCG